AGGGCGACACAGGUGACGUCAUUGGGCCUUAUCCAGGAAGUGGCGAAACAUCAACAAGCGAGAGGCAGGGCGACGCUGGAGUCCAAGCAAAAGUCCCACCGACUCCAUUGUCAUUUUCUUUUUUUUCCCCUUUUUUAAAAAAUCUUAUUAUUUCCAAGUGGUUGGCGCGCGAUGGCGUUGUUCGGCAAGCUGUUCGGCGGCAGCAAAGGUGGCAAAGGGCCGAGCCCGCAGGAGGCCAUCCAGAAGCUCCGCGAGACGGAGGAGAUGCUGAGCAAGAAGCAGGAGUUUCUGGAGAAGAAGAUCGAGCAGGAGUUACAAGUCGCCAAGAAGAACGGCGUGAAGAACAAAAGAGCGGCUCUGCAGGCUUUGAAGCGAAAGAAGCGCUACGAGAAGCAGCUGGAGCAGAUCGACGGCACCUUGUCCACCAUCGAGUUCCAGAGGGAGGCCCUGGAGAACGCCAACACCAACACAGAAGUGCUAAAGAACAUGGGCUAUGCUGCCAAGGCCAUGAAGUCUGCACACUCUAACAUGGACAUAGACAAGGUGGACGACUUGAUGCAGGACAUAAACGAGCAGCAGGAGUUGGCCCAGGAGAUCUCUGAUGCCAUCUCCAAACCUGUGUGCUUCGGGGAGGAAUACGACGAGGAUGAACUUCUUGCUGAGCUGGAUGAGCUGGAACAAGAAGAGCUGGAUAAAAACCUGCUGGACAUCGGGCCAGAGAACGUGCCCCUACCCAACGUGCCUUCAACCUCCUUACCUUCCAGACCUGCAAAGAAAGUGGAGGAUGAAGAUGACAUGGAUGACUUGCAGCGCUGGGCAGAAGCCAUGUGAUCACUUCAAUAUAUCAUCUGUACUCUCACCUGUAUCGCCAGCUGGACACCCCAUGGACUCAUACUGUGUGUGUGUGUGUGUGUGUGUGUGUGUGUGUGUGUGUGUGUGUGUGUGUGUGUGUGUGUGUGUGUGUGUGUGUGUGUGUGUGUGUGUGUGUGUGUGUGUGUGUGUGUGUGUGUGUGUGUGUGUGUGUGUGUGUGUGUGUGUGUGUGUGUGUGUGUGUGUGUGUGUGUGUGUGUGUGUGUGUGUGUGUGUGUGUGUGUGUGCGUGCGUGUGUGUGUGCGCGUGCGCGUGUGUGUGCGCGCGUGUAGGACUGAAUUGGACACUCCAAAAGAAAAUAUGUUUAUUGUCAGAAUGAAGAAACUGUUGAACAUGACACUAAUUUGUAUGCCCUGAUAUCUUCUUGUUCGCUUUAGCAUCUUUCACUACACUGUGUGAAAUUCCUGACUUCUAUUUCUUAUUUUAUCUUUCAUUUCAAUUUAUCUUUCAUUUCAAGUUAUCUUUUAUUUGAAGUUAUCUUUUUAUUUCAAGUUAUCUUUCAUUUCAAGUUAUCUUUCAUUUCAAGUUAUUUCAUUUCAAGAGUGUUUGCCACAAUGAGUGUUUGCUCCUCCAUCCUCUGGUCACACAUGAUGUAAAUAACACUUUUUCUACACCCUCCGCUCCAGGAAUCCUCCUCUCAUGACGUCUUAUAUUUCACUUGAAGCCCCUCCUGUCCGACUGUAUUCAAAAGGAGACGUCAAUCAUCUCUUUGUAAGGUUUAGUGUUGCUUCUGUUCUAUUUCAUACUUCAAAUCCCCAUUGUAUAUUUUUCAUUGACAAAAAAGUCCCACAGGUGAAUUACAGACAGGCAAGCAUGUUUGCUGUUCUACGGAAUGUUUUAUUUAUCCAGAAAUGAAUAUUAUUUGAAAAAAAUAAUUAAAAGAAGUAAAUUCUUGUA